GGCUGCUCCGCUCGGGGCCCUUUCCCCCGGAGUCGGGGCCGGACUCACGGGAACCGGUUACCGCACGGACCUGGACGACCUCUGCCUUCGUCAUUUCCUGCCGGCCCGUCGGUUUCCGGAUGAGACAAGGAGCCAGCUUAUCUUGGGCAAUAGAGAACACAUUGGGGCCAGGAGGCCUCUUCAAACCAAGUAAUAUUCCUUUAAUGGAAUACACCGUAAAAUUGUGCUAUUGAUUUGGUAACAAAUGUGGAGUGAAGUCAUUUUGAAGUCUUGUGGAAUUCAAUGAGAGAGAGCCUACAAACAAAAUCCAGCAAGAUGAAGGAAAAUGAUAUUUUCUGAAAGCCCGGUUUUGAAUCCCUUUGUCGGGAGCUGACAGUAUUAUUUUGGGGGUAUUGGGGCUCAACAGAGUCACUGAAUCUAAUUGACUCCACCUAUCGGGGAGUAAUCCAUCACCACACCCACUGCUCAGGAUUCAGAGGAGGAAGUGCCCUUGAAUGAAGCAUGGGUCACAAACCUGGUUAGCAGCCAGGGAGGACACACGCUCUGCAGGCAUCCUACCUUGGAAACAGCACAAUUUGGCUUCCAUGUCAUCUUUGAGUAUGAGAGAGAAUUCUAGUCUCAGCAUGUCCUCAAUAGAAACCAAAGAACCAGGAGGAGACAUCACAGCUUUCCCAGAUUGGGAGGAAAAAUAUGGAAUGUGUUUUACCGCUGACUGAACACAACCAAAUGAACUGUACUGACAGUAGUUUGAAAACCAGCAGUUAGCAGUUUGUUCAGACUCUAACAUUGUCCAGCACUUUCCAGAGCAAACUCACUGUUUACAAGAACUCUCGGCCUUACGACGUUUAUAACCUCAAGCUUUGUUUAUUUGAAAUAUUUCUGCAAAAGAAAAGUACCCAGAGCCCACUUUCCAAAAUGGCCAUGACUGAGUAUUUGUGGAUGGUCAUUUUGGGUUUUAUCAUAGCUUUUAUCUUGGCAUUUUCUGUUGGUGCAAAUGAUGUUGCCAAUUCAUUUGGUACUGCUGUGGGCUCUGGCGUGGUAACCUUGAAGCAGGCGUGCAUUUUGGCUUCGAUAUUUGAAACCACAGGCUCAGUGUUAUUGGGAGCCAAAGUAGGAGAGACCAUUCGAAAAGGUAUCAUUGAUGUGAACCUAUACAACGAGACUGUGGAAACACUGAUGGCGGGAGAAGUUAGUGCAAUGGUCGGUUCAGCUGUUUGGCAGCUGAUCGCAUCCUUCCUGAGGCUUCCAAUCUCAGGAACUCAUUGCAUUGUUGGUUCUACUAUAGGAUUCUCACUGGUUGCAAUUGGUACAAAAGGUGUGCAGUGGAUGGAGCUGGUCAAGAUUGUUGCUUCUUGGUUUAUAUCUCCACUGCUGUCUGGUUUCAUGUCUGGCGUGCUGUUUCUACUGAUCAGAAUUUUCAUCUUAAAAAAGGAGGACCCUGUUCCCAAUGGCCUCCGGGCACUUCCAGUGUUCUAUGCUGCUACAAUAGCAAUAAACGUAUUUUCCAUCAUGUACACAGGAGCACCAGUACUUGGCCUGGUCCUUCCCAUUUGGGCGAUAGCACUCAUCUCGUUUGGUGUAGCACUGCUUUUUGCCUUUUUUGUGUGGCUCUUUGUAUGUCCCUGGAUGCGGAGGAAAAUAGCAGGCAAAUUACAAAAAGAAGGUGCUUUAUCACGAGUCUCUGAUGAAAGCCUCAAUAAAAUUCAGGAAAUAGAGUCCCCAGUAUUUAAAGAGCUGCCCGGUGCCAAGGCUAGUGACGACAGCACCCUCCCUCUCACGUGCACAGCUGGGGAGACGUCUGGAACGUCAGAAGGCACAUCAGCGGGAAACCACCCCCGGGCCUCCUAUGGAAGGGCACUCUCCAUGACGACGAAGUCGCCCAUCUCCAACGGCACCUUUGGCUUUGAUGGCCACACGAGGAGUGACGGGCACGUCUAUCACACUGUACACAAAGACUCGGGGCUCUACAAAGACUUGCUGCACAAAAUUCACACAGACAGGGGCCCUGAGGAGAAGCCUGCACAGGAAAACAACUACCGGUUCCUGCGAAGAAACAACAGUUACACUUGCUAUACCGCGGCCAUUUGUGGAAUGCCAGUCCACUCGACUUUUAAAACUGCUGACUCAUCAUCUGCACCCGAGGAUAGUGAAAAGCUGGUGGGUGACACCGUGUCCUAUUCUAAAAAGAGACUUCGCUAUGACAGCUACUCGAGCUACUGCAAUGCGGUAGCAGAAGCUGAGAUAGAGGCAGAGGAGGGAGGUGUGGAAAUGAAGCUGGCAUCUGAGCUGACAGAUCCUGCCCAGCCUCGAGAGGACCCUGCAGAAGAAGAAAAGGAGGAGAAGGACACUUCCGAGGUCCACCUCCUGUUCCAUUUCCUGCAAGUCCUUACUGCCUGUUUUGGAUCCUUUGCUCACGGUGGCAAUGACGUAAGUAAUGCCAUUGGUCCCCUGGUAGCUUUGUGGCUGAUAUACGAACAAGGUGCAGUCCUGCAAGAAGCAGCUACUCCCGUCUGGCUGCUGUUUUAUGGAGGAGUUGGAAUUUGUACAGGGCUCUGGGUUUGGGGGAGAAGAGUGAUCCAGACCAUGGGGAAAGACCUCACGCCUAUCACACCAUCCAGCGGCUUCACUAUUGAACUGGCCUCAGCAUUCACAGUGGUGAUCGCCUCCAACGUGGGACUUCCUGUCAGCACCACACACUGCAAGGUGGGCUCCGUGGUGGCUGUGGGCUGGAUCCGCUCCCGGAAGGCCGUGGACUGGCGCCUUUUCCGGAACAUCUUCGUGGCCUGGUUUGUGACUGUCCCCGUGGCUGGGCUGUUCAGUGCUGCUGUCAUGGCUCUCCUCAUGUAUGGGAUCCUUCCCUAUGUGUGACGUGCCGUCUUCCCACCAGUCAACAAGGGGUAGUCUGGUGUGGGGAUGUGUGGGAGGCCUGGGCCACGUUUCACUCACAUGCACUCGUCCUGCUCGUGCAUGGACUGUCUUCCCACCAGCUUCUCCAAGCCCGUGCAGGUGGCUCUGAACCACGCUGUCCACCUAGGUGGUAGGCUCAUCCUCUAGAGCUAACUUAACUACUGUACAUAAUACUGUGCAUUCAGCUGGUGUCGUGGUGAUAUAACGUGGUGCAGUUACUUAUAUAUUAAAGAUAUAUUGUAUACA